AUGAAGCGGCCCGGCCCCGAGGCAGAAGACCCAGCCCCGCCGGACUCGGGCGCUCCGGGAAGCCCGGGCCCAGGGUCUCCCGGCCCCGCAGAGCCCGAAGCACCAGUCGCCCCCAUCCCCGCGCGUCAGGGCCCCGAGAGCUCGGGCGGGGGGGGGGGUAGGCUGGGGAUAGGGGGAGGCGUCCAGACCGGCCGCCCCCACCCCUCCCGCGGGUCCCCAGACCCCUCCCCUAGCCCAGACCCCCAAUCCUGGACCCGUGGGCCGCCCCGCCCCGGCAGCCCCGCCCCCGCCCCGGGCUGCGUCCAGGCCCCAGUUCCCAGCCGGGGGCUGCGGGCUCCCGUCGCCCGCCCCGCGCUCCCCCUUCGCGCCCGCCUGCGGCCACCGGCUCCGGCAGCGGCGCACAGCGACUCGGCGCGGCGCGGCGAGCACGACGUUCCACGGGACCGGCGGAGCCGCGUCGCGAUCGCCGCCGGCCUCCGGCACCCGCACCCUCUCCGCCCGCGCCCCGCUCCGCGCGUCCCCCCGCGGGACGGCGUGAUCCUGCCGGGCUCUCGGUGCCUCGGGGCCGCGCGCCAUGGGCAGCCCCCGCUCCGCGCUGAGCUGCCUGAAGGCCCCGGCAGGGGCCCUGCGCUGGGCAGGGAGCUCGCUUCCCUGUUCCAGGCUGGCCGGGAGCCCCAGGGUGUCUCCCAACAGGUAACUGUUCAGUCCUCACCUAAUUUUACACAGCAUGUGAGGGAGCAGAGCCUGGUGACGGAUCAGCUCAGCCGCCGCCUCAUCCGGACCUACCAGCUCUACAGCCGCACCAGCGGGAAGCACGUGCAGGUCCUGGCCAACAAGCGCAUCAACGCCAUGGCAGAGGACGGCGACCCCUUCGCAAAGCUCAUCGUGGAGACGGACACCUUUGGAAGCAGAGUUCGAGUCCGAGGAGCCGAGACAGGCCUCUACAUCUGCAUGAACAAGAAGGGGAAGCUGAUUGCCAAGAGCAACGGCAAAGGCAAGGACUGCGUCUUCACGGAGAUCGUGCUGGAGAACAACUACACCGCCCUGCAGAAUGCCAAGUACGAGGGCUGGUACAUGGCCUUCACCCGCAAGGGCCGGCCCCGCAAGGGCUCCAAGACGCGGCAGCACCAGCGCGAGGUCCACUUCAUGAAGCGGCUGCCCCGAGGCCACCACACCACUGAGCAGAGCCUGCGCUUCGAGUUCCUCAACUACCCGCCCUUCACGCGCAGCCUGCGUGGCAGCCAGAGGACUUGGGCCCCCGAGCCCCGAUAGGUGCUGCUCGGCCCUCCCCCAGCGCCAGACCACAGAGAGGCGCACCCUGAUGGGCACCCAAAACUCAAGCCAGAGGAGCCCUGUGCUGCUGCAGGCCGGGGUGGGGCUGGGGGAGCCCUGGGUUCCGGUUGUGGAUAUUGUUUGCUGUUGGGUUUUUGCUGUUUUUUUUUUUUUUUUUUUUUAAACAAAAGAGAGGCUCUAUUUUUGUAUUCCACUUGGCUGUGGUGUCUGUCUUCUUAACUCUCAGAAAGCCCCAUCAGUGGCUUAGACUGGGAUUCCGACUGGAGGUUUGGGGGGUACAGGGGGCUUUCUCUAGCCUGUGCUGCUGAGGCCCCAGCACCUGCAGGGCCAGCUGGCUGGGCAGCCAAGAACUCCACUGCACCCCCAGGUGGGGUAGGAAGGAAAGUACUGUG